GUGAACCUCAACAAGACUCGAUCAUCGUUGAUUCCGGUUCUGAUUAUCCACGAAGACGCUACUAUCGAUCGUGAAACUCUGAACACGAUUAAAAGCGAAUUGAUUCAAACCGAAUGGUGGGCUCAUUCCAUCGCUACUGCAAUGGCUGGAGCAGGAUUGGCUCUGAUUGCCGUCGCUGCUAUUUAUGCCCUAUUAAAGUCCAAAUUACUUCGUCGAGGCAAAUCCGACUCUGUUUCGCCUUUACCGGCUUACGAACCACGAGUAUCAUCGAGCGGAAAAGGAAGCUAUACAUAG